GCGCGCUAGGGGCCGCUGCCUGUCGCCGGGGCCCUCUUGUGUGAGGUAAAGGCGGCGGCGGCGGCGGCGGCCGGGCUUGAGGGGACGAGGGCGGCGGAGAAGGAGAAGGAGAAGGGAGCGGAGGAGGGAGAAGCCAGGAAGGGAGCGGUGUGAGCGGCCGCCGCCGCCGCCCCCUCAGCGCUAUACCGGAGGGACCCCCCCCUCGCCGAAGGAGGAAGAGGAGGAGGAGGAAGAGGAAGAAGAAGAGCUCCUGAGGGGCCGCCGAGCGGGCCCGGGCCUUCGAGCCCCGCCGCCGCCGCCGCCAUGAACAGCGUCGGGGGCGCCGACGAGAUCGGAAAGCUGUUUGUGGGUGGCCUAGACUGGAGCACCACGCAAGAAACGCUCCGUAGCUACUUUUCCCAGUAUGGGGAAGUCGUCGACUGUGUGAUAAUGAAAGACAAGACAACAAAUCAAUCGCGAGGCUUUGGAUUUGUCAAGUUCAAAGACCCCAACUGUGUGGGGACAGUCCUCGCCAGCAGACCCCAUACAUUGGAUGGCCGAAACAUUGAUCCAAAGCCCUGUACCCCUCGAGGAAUGCAGCCGGAGAGAACACGACCGAAGGAGGGAUGGAAAGGAUCCAGGAGUGAUAACAAAUCCAAUAAAAUUUUUGUUGGUGGGAUCCCUCACAACUGUGGCGAGACAGAGCUCAGGGAAUACUUCAAGAAGUUUGGAGUGGUCACCGAAGUGGUAAUGAUCUAUGAUGCAGAGAAACAGCGGCCCCGAGGUUUUGGAUUUAUUACUUUCGAGGACGAACAAUCAGUGGACCAGGCUGUCAACAUGCAUUUUCACGACAUCAUGGGCAAAAAAGUGGAGGUGAAGCGGGCUGAACCCCGGGACAGCAAGAGCCAGACGCCGGGGCCCACCGGCGCCAGCCAGUGGGGAAGCCGGAUCAUGCCAAGUGCCGCCAACGGCUGGGCGGGGCAGCCCCCACCUACCUGGCAACAAGGAUACGGACCUCAAGGUAUGUGGGUACCAGCUGGACAAGCACUUGGUGGGUAUGGUCCCCCUCCUCCAGGUAGAGGUGCACCACCUCCGCCGCCGCCUUUUACCUCGUACAUCGUCUCAACACCUCCGGGAGGAUUCGCGCCCCCGCAGGGCUUCCCACAGGGAUACGGCACGCCUCCGCCCUUCAGCUUUGGAUACGGUGCCCCACCUCCUCCACCUGACCAGUUUGCCCCCGCUGGUGUUCCUCCGCCACCUGCCACUCCCGGGGCAGCACCACUAGCUUUUCCUCCACCGCCGCCGCCAUCCCAGCCAACUCAGGACAUGAGCAAGCCACCGACCGGCCAGCCGGAUUUCCCCUAUAGUCAAUUUGGAUACGGACAAGACUUGAGUGGUUUUGGACAAGGCUUCGCCGAUCCCAGCCAGCAGCAGCCUUCCUACGGAGGCCCCUCAGUCCCACCUUCAAGUGGGCCGCCCACGGGGGGCAGUGGCUUUGGCCGUGGACAGAACCAUAACGUUCAAGGUUUUCACCCCUACCGACGCUAGUACGCCCACCUAGAAAUCAGGGAGUUCUGUCCAGAGCCGGAGAUCUGGUAUCAGCUGAAAUCCAGGAAUCCCAGAACUUACGAACUUGUGACAAUCACCUACUUUGCCGGAGAGAGUGGGGAGGGAACCGCAACCGUAACAUCUUUUUUUUGGGGGGGG